AUGGCCUGCCUCACGGCGUACUCUGCAGAACUGACGUCACUUAUGAAGUCUGGUCAUUACCCAGAACGCCAUUCGCCCGCAGUGGAGGUUGCCAUCACGAUAGCUUUCAUUACGCUGACGACACUUACCCAUUGCUUCGGGGUCAAGGUUUAUGGAACAAUCGAGAGAGUCGUCGCCGCCUUCAAACUUUGCUUGUUUAUCCUGGUCUGUAUCCUGAUGCUUGUCAUCAAUGUCGGCGCCGCUGGAGAACGCACUGGGUCGUACCGCAAGAAUUACACGACCAUGGCUUUCACGCCCGGCUUUAAACCAACAGGUUUCAAUAACACUUCGAACCAUCUCGUCUACAGCAAAGGCGUCACGGACACGCAGUUCGGUAUUCCAGGCUCUGGCGGGCGAUUCUUCGGCUUCCUAACAUCCGUCACGUUAGCAAUGUUCUCCUGCUUCGGGGGGGAAGCCAUAGCGAUGACGGCAGGCGAGGCGAAGGAGGCUUUCAGAGAUGUCCCGGUAGUGAUGUCGUUUGUUUACAUUGUCCCACUUUCGUUGUAUCCUCUUACUCUUAUGUCUGCUGCAGCAAACGUUAAUUACGCCGAUCCCAGCCUCCCUGUCACGUGGACCCCAGGAAGCGGAUCUGGAGGACUAUCGCCAUUCGUGGUCGCCGUUCAGGCAUCUGCAAUUGCCGGUGUUUUCAAGGCAUUGCACCUGUUCUUCAUCAUUUCGGCAUAUACAGCUGCGUAA